AACGGAUCCUGCACCGCAGGGCCGCCCCUCGCUCCUGGCGGGGGGGGGGAGGGAGGGAGAAGCCCCCCCCCCCGCUUGACUUCUGCCAUGUCUGCCUCGUCCAGACCGGCGAGCGGGUCCUGGCCGAGGGCGCCCCCCCCCCCCCCGCUUCUGAGACUGAGCGGGAGCUGAGCAGCAGCAGCAGCAGCAGCGAGGGCUCAGGCGAGGGCAGCCCGGGGGGCGCUGCUUCCCUGGCUCGUCGGGCGGCCUCCGGCCCCUUGCUCCCCCCCCGGGCUUCCCCGCCGCGGGGCUUUUGCGCUGGGGCCGCGCGUGCGCGACUCGCCUCCCCGCCUCCGACCAACUUCGCUUCCCAGAGUCCUUCGCGGCCGGGGCGCGGCGAGGCUCCCAGCAUGCCUUUCGCGCCGGCUGGCGGGGCGAUGUCUGGCCCGGGCGCGGAGGCGGCGGCGGCGGCGGCGGGGCUGGCGAAGGCGGGGGCCGGAGCGCCUCGCCCCCGGAGGAAGCUCCUCACGGCGGAAGAGGCAGAACUGUUCGAGCUGGCGCAGGCGGCGGGGAGCGGCCUCGACCCGGAAGUGUUCAAGAUUCUGCUGGACCUUUUGCGCAUGAAUGUGGCACCUUUGGCUGUUUUCCAGAUGCUGCGCUCCAUGUGUGCUGGGCAGAGGCUUGUCAGUGCUGAGGCUGCUCCUGAGCCAGCGCGAGAGCCCCCAUUUGUCUCUGCCAAGACCAGUAAAAUCCCUGCACCACUUUCACUUUCCUCUGCCCUUCGACCUCCGAGAAUAAGAGUUACUAAGGCUGUGGUCUACAGUCCUGCUGCAGCUUGCUCGCCUCUCUCUCAAGGUCCCCCUGGCUCUUUCCAGUUUUCUUGCUGCCUGUUCUCUCCUUUUGCAGGGAGAACAAGAACCAGCUCUGCAGCAACUGGGAACCAAGCUCUGCUAGAUCCCAGCAACCGUGAAGGCUCUGUUCAGCGAGUCCCUCGGCAGCCAAGUGGCAGCAGGCUGCAGAAGGCUGGAUGUCCCGUGAAGAGUACAUAAAUGCUUGGAAGAUUGGUGGUUCCAGUAUUAUGGCGAAAUUAUGGCAAUGUAGUGAAUGCACCUAGUCAAGAUGGAUUUGUAAUGUUCCAAAAUGUCACAUAUAGCUCCUAUCAAGAAAACAAGUAUGAGAUGAAGGUUGGUUUCAUCACGGUCGGGCUGGUUUUCAAAUUCCAAAUGUGGUCAUAGCUGAUGAUAUAGGAUAUACUGUUGUAACUCCCUGUUACAGGUGUGUGUCCUUCCUUCAUAAAGACAUUGUUGGUGCAUCUCCCUCUCAUUUAUUUGUUUUCCUUUUGGGGAAUUUAGCAAUUAAAGAAAAGCACACCAA